CAAAAAUAUGGUCCAGUCUUUCGUGAUAAAAUUGGACCUUUAUCGUAUGUAUUUGUUUAUAAGCCAGAAGACGUCGCUAAGGUUUUCCAAGCGGAAGGGAAGUAUCCUGCUCGUGGUCCAACGCUACCAUGGUUGAUCUACAGGAAACAACGAAAGAAAGCGAAAGGCCUUCUACUCGCAGAAGGUAAAGAGUGGCGAAAAUUUAGAAGCGUUACAGAUAAAAAGCUACUAAAGGUCAAAGACGUCAGUGCUUAUAGUGACAGAAUCAACAACGUUAUUACUGAUUUUUUCAUACAUCUGGAUAAAAAGCGACAAGAUGAUAAUAUUGAUGGAGAAGUUAGAGAUUUAAAAGAUUCCCUGUAUAAGUGGUCUUUUGAAACUAUCAAUACUAUACUAUACAAUAGAAAACUUGGAACUUUUGAAGAUCCUCCAAAUCCUAUUGCUGAGAAAUUUUAUCGAAGUGUGUGUUCAAUGUUCGAUAAAAGUAAUGAUAUAAUAUCGUUGCCGCCAUAUUAUAAAUAUAUUAAAACUAAACGUUGGAACGAUUACUGUAAAAUAUGGGAUACAAUGUUUGAGACAGCUGAGCAGCUCGUCGACGAGGAGUAUCAGAACUUGCAACAAAGCAUAACUGAAGAUUCGCGUAAAUCCUUCGAUCUUCGUCGGAGCGAAGAAAUAGAAUUUUUACCGUAUGUCCUCCUACGGAGUGAAUUAAACAAGGAUGAAAUUGUGGGAAAUAUCAUGGAUUUAAUGAUUGGUGGAGUAGACACGUCAGCUAAUACAAUGCUAUGGACACUCUAUAUAUUGGGCAAACAUCCGGACAUUCAAGAAAAGUUAUACCAAGAGAUACGCAGUGUACUGAAGAAAGGAGAAUAUCCUGAUAGUUUAUCUGUUCAAAAGAUGCCGUACCUAAGGGGUCUACUAAAAGAAAGUGAACGUAUGUAUCCGAUCGCCAUUGCAACCGUUCGAAUUCUUGAUAAAGACACGGUAUUAGGUGGAUAUCAAGUUCCAGCCAAGACUAAGAUAUUUGUCGGUUACCACAUGAUGUCAUUUGAUGAAUCGUUUCAUGAUGAGCCAACAAAGAUAAAGCCUGAACGAUGGAUAAGAUCGUCUUCUCAACAUCGUUUUAAUCCAUUUAGUCAUACAGCAUUUAGUUUCGGGCCAAGAAUGUGCGUUGGCAGACGCAUAGCAGAAUUGGAGAUGCAACUGCUGCUAGCUAGGGUAAUC